AUGAUCAUCGAAUUUCACAGCAAAUUUUUUUCAAAAUUAAGUGCUCUAAUUGCGCGCGAACCGACAAUUCCAACAGUAACAUGUGUUUUGAUCGCAUUAGCAGUAUGCACUGCAAUUUUCUACGCGGAGUUCAAAAAUGAUUUCCGUACAGACUUCUCAAUACCAAUGUCAAAAUCAUGGUCGGAGAGAGAAUAUUAUCGAAGAUUUUAUAACUUGACAUCUGAUCCAUACACGAUAGUACUUUUUGGCGAAAGCAUCGAUGGAAGUUCGAUGCUACGAUCUGACAAGUUUAUUGCCAUGGAACAAGAAGCAAAACGAGGAUUACGUAUGCCUUUGGUUGGUAACGGAUUUCAGAAUAGAACGCUUGGUUCUUAUGUAUUCGUUUCUUCUAAACCGUUUUAUGAAGCUAUUUCGGAAGCAAUCAAAAUUCAAUCUAAUGAAAAUGCAGUGCUUGGUUAUCCAACGAUGAAUCUUUACGGUAUCAACUUCACAACCAGGAAUGUCUUCCGGCGUUAUAGUAAUGGUUUUGUUGGCAUGCUGAUGUACUUCUUCAUAUUUGUCGGUAACGAGGAUGUUGUUUCAAGUAUAAAACGAACUGAAGUUGAAUGGAGCAAUAAGCUUAAGCAGUCAAGUGAAUCGGGUGUUCGUUUUCGAUUAUUUGGUGACGAAAUUGUGAACAAUGAAAUAUUUUUGGGUUCAGUUGGUUCACUACCCUAUUUUUUCACCGGUUCAUUUGCAAUGGUCUUCUUCGUAUUUUUAUCGAUUAUCCAUUACAAUCAGACACUUUUGCAAACGGUUUUUUUGACGCUAUGGAUUACAUUUUGUCCAUGCCUGGCUGGCUUAACAUCAGUUGCCAUAUUUUCACUUCUAGGCCGCACAUUAAAUUCGUCCAUGCUUAUCACACCAUUCUUGGUAUUAGCUGUUGGUGUAGAUGAUGCAUUUUUGGUACUUCACAAAUGGUUUACUUCCAUUGAAUUAGACCCCUCAUCUCGCCUAACUUUAGUACUUGUAGAAAUUGGUCCAUCUGUGACUCUUACUUCAGUUACAAACAUCUGCGCCUUUAUGGUUGGCAGUUUUCUUUCGCCGUAUGCAAUUCGGGAAUUUUGCUAUUGUUCUGCUUUGGCACUCACGCUUGAUUGGAUAUUCCAAAUUUUAGUAUUUACUCCUGUACUAUUGAAAAUUCACUCUGGUUCAUUCAACAUUUCAAGGAAAAGCAACAAAAGGCGCAAAUCAUUCAAAAGUUAUUGCGAAUUUUUGAUGCAUCCUGUUACCAGAGUUAUUUUAUUGUGUGUUCUCAUUCUCUUCUGGAUCUGUAGUGUAUAUCUUGCACUUCGAAUGGAAGAAAAUUUCGCACCACAAAAAACAUUCCGAUCAGAUUCUUUCCUCACUGAUUCAUUGCCAACUCUUGAAAAUGCUUUUAUGGAGCAUGAACUCUUUCCUGUCUUUAUGAAAUACAUUCCAAACAGGACGACAGAAUUAUUAGAUAUUGUGGCGCAUGUGCAUAAUCUUGAUUGCUUGUGUCCAAAUUACAAAACUUGGAUUGAAGAAUAUGCUGCUCUAUAUGGUCAUACAAAUGGCACUACUGAAAACUUCUUUGGAAAUAUCAUGAAAUAUCUGGAUUACAAUCCCGAAUUGGCAAAGAAUUUAGUUUUGCAGUUUGAUAGCAGUGGAAUUGCCGCAGUUGACAAAAUAUCCUUCGACUUGUGCAUCCAUGGAUAUGGUAAUUGGCGUGAUCGAGCUUUUAUUCAUGAGCAGAUCCGGAAAAACAUGCCUGGAGAAAUGUUGGUAUACGCUUACGACUGCACUUUAUUUGAUAUCAUAUUAACAGCUCGAGAAACAAUGGUUCAAUCAGGUGUCAUAACUUCCAUCUCCAUGCUUAUCCUUUGCUCACUGUUCAUUCCAAGCGCUCGAGCAACUGCUUUUGUUCUCCUCUCCAUGAUUUCGGUCACUACAGGGAUAGUGGGAGGUUUAAGCGCAUGGGGCGCUGAUAUGGAUAUCAUUGUAACUAUUAGCAUUGUGGUGGCAAUUGGCUUGACAAUUGAUUAUGCAGCACACAUAAAUUAUCAUUAUUUUGUGACGAAUGCAACGCUUCCUCCUAUAGACCGAAUGUCCUCUUCACUACAAGCUAUCACUUAUGCCACCUCUCAAGCAGCAACAACCACGUUUAUAUGUGUUUUACCUCUUUAUUUUUAUAACGUUUACAUGUAUGUGACAUUCGCGAAAACGAUUAUACUAUGUGGAGUACUUGGCCUUUUACACACUAUUGUUGUUAUACCUUUUUUGCUGUUGUUCUUCUGA